UGCCAGUAACGUACACUAGGAAGCGGGAAGACGGAAGCUGAUUUCAGAGAAAGCACAGCUGAUCUCAGAGUCUCUCUCGCUCUGCAGUGAGAGCUCAGGAAAAUGGCCGAGGCCAGUAUUUCAGUAGAUCAGGAUCAGUUCAGCUGUCCAGUGUGUCUGGAUCUCCUGAAGGAUCCGGUGGCGAUCCCCUGUGGUCACAGUUUCUGUAAGGUGUGUAUUAAUGACUGCUGGGAUCAGGAAGAUAAGAGCGGAGUGUAUCGCUGUCCUCAGUGCAGAGACACUUUCACUCCGAGGCCUGUUCUACGCAGAAACAACAUGCUGGCUGAAGUGGUGGAGAAACUGAAGAAGACUGAAGUCCAAGCUGCUUCUCCUGCUCACUGUUACGCUGGACCUGGAGAUGUGGAGUGUGAUUUCUGCACCGGGAGAAAACACAAAGCCGUCAAGUCCUGUCUGGUGUGUGUGGCUUCUCUUUGCGAAACUCAUUUAAAACCUCAUCUUGAAAUUCCUGCUUUGAAAAAGCACAAGUUAGUCGAAGCUUCUGGAAAUCUACAAGAGAAGAUCUGCUCUGAGCAUGAGGAAGUGUUGAAGAUCUACUGUCGUACUGACCAAAGCUUCAUCUGUUAUCUGUGUAUGACGGAUGAACACAAAAGCCACGACACCGUCUCAGUUAAAGCGUACAGAACUGAAAAACAGAGUGAGUUAAAGGAGGAGCAGAUGAAAUCCCAGCAGAGAAUCCAGGAGAAGCAGAAGAAGGUGCAGGAGCUGAAACAGGCUGUGAACACUAUAAAGCUCAGUGCACAGACAGCAGUGGAGGACAGUGAGAGGAUCUUUACUGAGAUGAUCGGCUCCAUGGAGAAAAGGCGCUCGGAGGUGACGGAGCUGAUCAGAGCUCAGGAGAAGGCCGAACUGAGUCGAGCUGAACGACUCCUGGAGCAACUGGAGCAGGAGAUCGCUGAUCUUCAGAGGAGAGUCACUGAGCUGGAGCAGCUUUCACACACAGAUGAUCACCUCCACUUCCUCCAGGAAAUAAAGGUUUUAGUCUCCGGCCGUCGCUCGCCCGACUUUACUAGACCAGGUUUUCAGUCUGAUCUCCGUGAGGACUCACGCAGCAUCGCUGUCAGUCAACAUCUCUCAUUUGAUGGAGUGAGGGAAUCUCUCUCUGCUCUGAAAAAGAGACUCGAGGAAUUCUGCCAGGAGGAAUUCAUCAGAAUCCCUGAACACGCUGCAGCAGUUCAGAUCAUUUUACCCCCAGAACCAAAGAGCAGACAAGAUUUUCUGCAGUAUUUCUGUGAUCUGACUCUGGAUCCCAACACAGUAUAUUAUUACCUCAUUCUGUCUGAGAGGAACAGAGCGGUGACGUGCAGUGGGAGAAAGCAGCAGUACUCUGAUCAUCCAGAGAGAUUUUACUCCUACAGGCAGGUGUUGAGUAAGGAGAGUGUGUGUGGACGCUGUUACUGGGAGGUGAAGUGGAGCGGUGUUGGUGUGUACAUAUCAGUCUCAUAUAAAGACAUCAGAAGGAAAGGACAGGGUAAUGAGUGUUGGUUUGGAGGCAACAAUCAGUCCUGGAGUCUGAGGUGUUCUUCUUCUCUCUUCUUCUAUCACAACAACAUUGAGACCGAUCUCGGAGUUCCAUCGUCCUCCAGAAUAGGAGUGUAUGUGGAUCACAGUGCAGGAACUCUGUCCUUCUACAGCGUCUCCGACACGAUGAAGCUCCUCCACAGAGUCCACACCACAUUCACUCAGCCUCUAUACGCUGGAUUCUGGCUCGACUAUUGUGGAUCAACUGUGAGAUUACGUGAUCCAGAAUAUGCCUGUUUGCCAAAACCUAAAUCUUCACCGAGCACGACGAGUCAUGGCGACAAGCUACCACUGGAUUUGGAAAAUCUCCGCAACACUCUAGCGGAGCUAACAUCUACCAUCGCAGUUCAGGUGAAAGCAGCUAUUGACUCGACUCUGGCCUCAGUUGUUGCGUCUUUUGAGAGUUUUAAAUCGGGCAUUGAAUCACAAGGACGACGUAUUGACGAGCAUGACCAGCACCUGAACGAUAACAGUGACCGCAUUGUAGCACUGGAACAGACGGUGCUAAAGCUAACAUCAGCUAACAAACAACCCAUCGAGAAAGUUGAGGAUUUGGAGUCUCGUUCACGGCGCUGCAAUCUCCGGGUCAUCGGUAUUCCGGAACGAGAAGAGGGGAGCGAUCCGAGGAGUGUUUAUAACCUCUCUGUCUUUGUGCUCCUCCUCCAAAACCACCUCCUCAUACACACAGAGAACCAGGAAGUUCAUUUCAAAGGAAACGAAACUCAGAGUUCAGUGCAGUGUCUCUCUCUCUCUCUCUCUCUCUCUCUCUCUCUCUCUCUCUCUCUCUGUGAGUUCAGGAAAAUGGCCGAGGCCAGUAUUGCAGUAGAUCAGCUUUCAGUGGAUCAGUUCAUCUGUCCAGUGUGUCUGGAUCUCCUGAAGGAUCCGGUGACGAUCCCCUGUGGUCACAGUUUCUGUAAGGUGUGUAUUAAUGACUGCUGGGAUCAGGAAGAGAAGAGCGGAGUGUAUCGCUGUCCUCAGUGCAGAGACACUUUCACUCCGAGGCCUGUUCUACGCAGAAACAACAUGCUGGCUGAAGUGGUGGAGAAACUGAAGAAGACUGAAGUCCAAGCUGCUUCUCCUGCUCACUGUUACGCUGGACCUGGAGAUGUGGAGUGUGAUUUCUGCACCGGGAGAAAACACAAAGCCGUCAAGUCCUGUCUGGUGUGUGUGGCUUCUCUUUGCGAAACUCAUUUAAAACCUCAUCUUGAAAUUCCUGCUUUGAAAAAGCACAAGUUAGUCGAAGCUUCUGGAAAUCUACAAGAGAAGAUCUGCUCUGAGCAUGAUAAAGUGCUGGAGAUCUACUGUCGUACUGACCAAAGCUUCAUCUGUUAUCUGUGUAUGACGGAUGAACACAAAAGCCACGACACCGUCUCAGUUAAAGCGUACAGAACUGAAAAACAGAGUGAGUUAAAGGAGGAGCAGAUGAAAUCCCAGCAGAGAAUCCAGGAGAAGCAGAAGAAGGUGCAGGAGCUGAAACAGGCUGUGAACACUAUAAAGCUCAGUGCACAGACAGCAGUGGAGGACAGUGAGAGGAUCUUUACUGAGAUGAUCGGCUCCAUGGAGAAAAGGCGCUCGGAGGUGACGGAGCUGAUCAGAGCUCAGGAGAAGGCCGAACUGAGUCGAGCUGAACGACUCCUGGAGCAACUGGAGCAGGAGAUCGCUGAUCUUCAGAGGAGAGUCACUGAGCUGGAGCAGCUUUCACACACACACGAUCACCUCCACUUCCUCCAGGAAAUAAAGGUUUUAGUCUCCGGCCGUCGCUCGCCCGACUUUACUAGACCAGGUUUUCAGUCUGAUCUCCGUGAGGACUCACGCAGCAUCGCUGUCAGUCAACAUCUCUCAUUUGAUGGAGUGAGGGAAUCUCUCUCUGCUCUGAAAAAGAGACUCGAGGAAUUCUGCCAGGAGGAAUUCAUCAGAAUCCCUGAACACGCUGCAGCAGUUCAGAUCAUUUUACCCCCAGAACCAAAGAGCAGACAAGAUUUUCUGCAGUAUUUCUGUGAUCUGACUCUGGAUCCCAACACAGUAAAUUAUAACCUCAUUCUGUCUGAGAGGAACAGAGCGGUGACACGCAGUGAGAGAAAGCAGCAGUACUCUGAUCAUCCAGAGAGAUUUGACUACUACAGGCAGGUGUUGAGUAAGGAGAGUGUGUGUGGACGCUGUUACUGGGAGGUGGAGUGGAGCGGUGAUGGUGUGUCCAUAUCAGUCUCAUAUAAAGACAUCAGCAGGAAAGGACGGGGUAAUGAGUGUUGGUUUGGAUUCAACAAUCAGUCCUGGAGUCUGUGGUGUUCUUCUUCUUCUCUCUGUUUCUAUCACAACAACAUUAAGACUGAUCUCAGAGUUCCAUCAUCCUCCAGAAUAGGAGUGUAUGUGGAUCACAGUGCAGGAACUCUGUCCUUCUACAGCGUCUCUGACACGAUGAAGCUCCUCCACAGAGUCCACACCACAUUCACUCAGCCUCUAUACGCCGGGUUCAGGCUGCGCUAUUAUGGAUCAGCUGUGAGAUUACGUGAUCCAGAAUAAAAUAUCAGAAAUGUGAUUUUAUUGAAUUAAAAUGAGCAACUUUACUUUUUUAUAUCAAGCUUAAUUCCAAUGUAAUAUGAGGCAUUUAUUUGUGAUUUCCCAAUUUUCCUUUAUAACGUUAGAUCUUUCCUCUGUCUUUUAGGAGAUUUCAGUAUUACACAGUAAUGCUUGAAAGUUUGUGAACCCUUUAGAAUUUUCUAUGUAUCUGCAUAAGACCUAAAACAUCAUCAGAUUUACACAAAUCCUAAAAGUAGAAACUAUUACACUUGGUCAUUUAUUUAUUCAGGAAAAUGAUCCAAUAUUAGACAUGUGAGUGGUAAAAGUAUGUGCACCUUUGCUGUCAGUAUGUGGUGUGACCCCCUUGUGCAGUAAUAACUGCAGAUAAACGUUUGGGGUAACUGUUGAUCAGUCCUGCACAUCGGCUCGGAGGAGUUUUAUCCCGUUCCUCAGUACAGAACAGCUUCAACUCUGGGAUGUUGGUGGGUUUCCUCACAUGAACUGCUCGCGUCAGGUUCUACCACAACAUUUCUAUUGGAUUAAGGUCAGGACUUUGACUCGGCCGUUCCAAAACAUUACCUUUAUUCUUCUUUAACCGUUCUUUGGUUGAAAGACUUGUGUGUUUAGGGUCGUUGUCUUGCUGCAUGAUCCACUUUCUCUUGAGAUUCAGAUCACGUACAGAUGUCCUGACAUUUUCCUUUAGAAUUCUCUGGAAUAAUUCAGAAUCCAUUGUUCCAUCAAUGAUGGCAAACCGUCCCGGCCCAGAUGCGGCAAAACAGCCCCAAACCAUGACACUACCAGCACCACGUUUCACAGAUGGGAUAAGGCUCUUAUGCUGGAAUGUAGUGUUUUCCUUUCUCCGAACAUAAUGCUUGUCAUUUAACCCAAAUAUUAUAUUUUGGUCUCAUCCAUCCACAAAACAUUUUUUCAGUAGCCUUCUGGCUUCUCCAUGUGAUCUUUAGCAAACUGCAGAGGGGCAGCAAUGUGCUUUCUCCUUGCAACCCCGCCAUGUACACCAUUGCUGUUCAGUGUUCUCCUGAAGGUGGACUCAUGAACAUUAACAUUCGCCAACGUGAGGUCCCUCACUCACACCUGAUCAUCAUCCCAUUGAUUGAAAACACCUAAAUAUAAUUUCACCUUCAAAUUAACUGCUAAUCCUAGACGUUCACAUACUUUUGCCACUCACAGAAGUGUAAUAUCGGAUCAUUAUAUAAUAUUUUUGUUUCAUUUGUUUAAUUGGGUUCUCUUUAUCUACUUCUAGAACAAAAUCCGAGGAUGUUUUCGGUCAUAUUCUGCUUCAAUACUGUGUUAAAAUUCAUGUUGGUCUACUCAUUAAUCUUACAUAUGAAUCAUCAUGACUGUACUUAUACUGUAUAUAUUCAGUUGGAUGGAUUCUUGGAUAACAAAAUAAAAAAUAUAUUUAAA